AUGCCGCGCUGUUACAUCGUGAAAAAACAACAGCCCCCGGCGGUGGUGACGUCGGCGUACCGGAACCGGGUAGGGACGACGGUGGUCACAACGGCCAAUCCCGGAAACCACCAUCACCACCAGCAGCAACAGCAGCAACAUCAAACAAGCACCUCGAGGCAGGUGCUGGUGGUCAACGGGAAAUCGGCACCCGGCAAGGACGUGGAGCAGGUGGCGGAGCGCAAUGGAGGGGUCGUGCGACGGGCGGGGGACGUGCGCGUGGUCACCAGGGCGGAGAGCGGAGCCGGAGGUAGCAGCAACAGCAACAGCAGCAGCAGUAGUAGUGGUAGUAGUGCCUUGGGAAAUGUUAUUGUAAAAAGCAAUGGUGUCACGGUCGGCAAGGAAGCAACCGGAAGUGGUUCCGGCAGCAAUCUCGUUAUACUGAACAGCGUGAGUGUCAUUAGCGGUGGCCCCGGGCUCGGCAGUGGAGUGGCGAUGGACGGCGGCAAGGGGAAGGUGUCGGAGAGUGGCGGUGUUGUUGGUUUUACGCUGUCCAAUGCGAAUGGCGGGGGCGCCGGAGGCGGGGGCAACGGAGCGGGAAUCGUGCAGCGGAAGGAUGACUCCAACGGCCCGGUCAGCCCGACCGAGGGUUGUGUGGCGCCGAUCUAUUACACUAACAUUUCCGAUAAUAAAAGUGGUUUUACCAUCCCACUCAGCGACUUCCGGACGUUCAAAUGUGGGCCAAACGGUACCAGCAACGGAAACACCAAUCUCAUCAAUGUGAAGACCAACUCCUCCCGGCAUCUGUCGGUAAGUGCUUCCACCAGCAACCACACGUCGGACACCCACGACUCGAGGAACGUACUGCCCGGCUCGUACGUUACCAUCCGGGCGACGUCCUCCAACGGCACAACGACACCCGGGGGUGGCCAACAGCAGCUCCAGCUCCAGCAGCAGCAACAGCAUCAAUCGGCGCUUUUUGCCUCGAAAAUAGGCGCCAAAUCUGGGCGUAAUAAUCCUAAUUAUGGCAUCGGCAGCAGUAACAACAAUAAUGGUGUGGCCCGGCGCGAUUCCACGGCCACGAGCGCAACGACGGCGACACUAAUUUAUGCCGAAACGGCCUCGGUGCCGCCCAUCGUGGCAGCGGCCGCCGCGGCCCAAGUGUCCGAUAAGAGGCAAGAUAAAUCAUCGCACAUUUCCUCGUACCAGCGGCAACCGGCAGCAGCACCAACAACAGGUCGCCAACAACCGGCACCCCAGGUCUCGCUGCACCCGCCCAAUCCGCAGUAUCGCGCGGAGCAACAGUCAAGUGCCGCCAUUUUCCAAUCGCAGCCACCCGCGCCGCAGUACGAUACCACGGCGGCCAUUUUCCGCGAUCGCAGCAUAGAGGAGACGGAAGCCGCACAUGAUUUAUUGUCGCUGUCGCAAAGCCUGCCUCCGCUGACUGCUCCCUGCGUCGUCACCAUCCUCCACCCGACGUCGACGACGACGGCAGCGACGGCAGCGACGGCUCCGGCCACUCUGGCCGACGACGCAACGGACCGUGCCGGCAGUCCUCAGCAUCAUCAGCAUCAUCAGCUCUCGCAACAGGCCAGCAAUGGCAUCAUCAGCAUCGUCGAGGCGGCAUCGGCCACCGCAGCUAAUUACCAGUGUUCGCCGGCCGCUCCGGGCGCACCAAUCUCGAUGAUAAUACCCUGCUACGAGCUCACGACAGCGCUGGCCAACGCCGGCCACGGAGAUCUCGACGAAGGAGGCUCGCCGGCCAUGAUGGCGACGAUAAAAAGCGUCUCGCCACCCUCGACCAGCGGUCCACUCACGCCACCCACUUCGGAGCACUCCUCCGACACCGACUGCUCGUCCGUAUCGCCCGACACCACGUCCUCCUCCUCCUCCUCUUCUAGCGUGUUCUCGUUCGUUCGCUCCAGCUCGAGCUCUUCGUCCACCUCCCGACUGUCGACGAGCUCGUCACGCUCCACUCCUACGCCAGAGGGCGCCACCGGUGCCCACGGAGGACGAAGACUGAGCCGAAGGCCCGGCAACCACACCAGCUCCCCCACGUCCGUCAUUGUCAAUGGUUCCACGCUGAGUGCUGCCAACUCCUCGACUACGCCGUCGUCCGCGCGCAAACAUAAAUCUUCCACAACGGCAGCGGGCCAACCGGCCGCCAAGGUUCCGGCCAAGGGAGUGCCCUCGGUUGCUGGACAGAAACUCACCCCCAGCACCACCAGCACAACGGCGGAACUGUACACCUACGACGAUCUCAUCUCGAGCGAUGGUCGAUCGAAGAACCGCAAGAAACCUGCCAAAGACGCUGCCCACUCGCAGUCCGCUGGGGUUAGUACCGGGGAGCCGGUGAACUCCACCAAAGCCAGUCUGCGUCCGGCGCCAUCUUCUAAGGCGAGUGAAAAUGGCAGCGAACAGGCAACUUCCGAGCAGGACCUGGAUGGUGCAACGUCGGCCAGUGAAUCAGGUGGCAACUCCGGACCGAACGGCAAGGGUAAGUUCAAGUGUCCCGAGUGUGGCAAGCAGUACGCCACCUCGAGCAACCUCUCGCGGCACAAGCAGACGCACCGCAGCCUCGACUCGCAGUCCGCCAAGAAGUGCGUCACCUGCGGCAAGGCCUACGUCUCCAUGCCGGCCCUGGCGAUGCACCUGCUGACGCACAAACUCUCGCACAGCUGUGGCGUUUGCGGGAAGCUCUUCUCGAGACCUUGGCUCCUGCAAGGGCACCUCCGGUCGCACACGGGCGAGAAACCGUACGGCUGCGGUCACUGCGGCAAGGCGUUCGCCGAUCGGUCGAACCUCCGGGCGCACAUGCAGACGCACUCGACCGACAAGAACUUCGAGUGCGGCCGGUGCCACAAAACGUUCGCGCUGAAGUCGUACUUGAACAAACAUCUCGAGUCGGCCUGCUACAAGGAUGACGACCCGAACGGGCACUCACCCGGGACCGGAGGGCACUCGCCGGUUACGAUGGUGGGCGGGCGGAAGAUCUUCCACAGCAGCCAGGACAUCGAUCGGGACGAGUACGCGAUGCGGAUGGCGAGUGGCAAACAUCAGCAGCACUUCCUCAACGAUGACAGCUGCUCCACGACCACCAUCGACGUGGUGACGGCCGAUCCCGCCGACGACGAAGAGGACGACGGUGGCGACGAUGACGAUGAAGAAGAUAUCGAUAUCAUUACGACGUAA